AUGUACUCAGCAAUAUGUCAUCACUAUUUGGCAGGAUACUGUCGUAAUGGUGAUGAUUGCAUUUUUAUCCAUGCUGAUCCUGCCUACAAGCCUCGUUCUCCCUACACCUACUCAGCUCCACACUAUGAGAGGAGUUUUCUACGAAACUUUGGAUCUCCACGAGUGUGUCGGUUUUACCAAAUGGGAUACUGUGCUUACGGGGCAGGCUGUGAAUUCCUUCAUCCGCGUGAUAAAGCACUGAACACUUCGCAACAGCCACCAAGGGAUCCCAACAUCCAACGACAGGUACCUACAAGUAAAUCCGAUCGGUUCCAUUAUCGGAAAACGGUGGAUGCUGAGCCUACCCCCACGACAUUCUCAUUCAAGAAGACCUUGGAAUCCUUACUACUGCGGGAUACCGCAUCUGCUGCAUUUGCGAAGCGAGAAGACUUUGGCUAUAAGAGAGAGGAGGUGUUCUCUGCAAAGGAAAAUCUCUCAGAUGAGGACUUGAAGAUCUAUUCUGAGACGGGGGAGUCUGGUUUCUCCUCCAUUCCCCUUCUUCCUCCGCCUGAGGAUCUAUGUCAGUCUUGA